AUGGGGUUAGCCGGCCCUCGAAAGAGGACCAAAAUCUUCCACGACCCUAACAAUACAGCCUGGUCCCGCUCGACCUCCGGCUAUGGCCACAAGAUCAUGUGUGCCCAGGGUUGGACUCCUGGAAGUUUCCUGGGUGCUUCCAACGCCGCCCAUGCGGACCAUUUCACCGCCGGCAGCGCUGGCCAUAUUCGUGUUAAUAUAAAGGAUGACAAUUUGGGGCUCGGUGCUAGACUUCGUGCAGAGGACGAACCGACGGGCCUGGACGCCUUUCAGGGAUUACUGGGACGGCUUAAUGGAAAGAGUGAUGCGGAGCUGGAAAAGGAACAGAAAAAGCGAGAUGAUCGGCGACUGGCUAGUUUUAUCGAGCAAAGGUGGACGACGAUGAGGUUUGUGAGCGGGGGAUUACUGGUGCAUGAGAAGAUUCAGGCGCUUGCGGAAGUGAAGAGCGUUGGUGAAGAGAAAGGACAAACAUCUCAAAGCUCGCAGGACGAAGGGAAAUCGGAAAAAACAGCAGCGAAAAAAGAACGCAAGAAGGAUAAGCGAAAGGUUAAGAGUGAUGAUACUGGUUCAGAUCUAGCCGAGGAAUCCUCCAAGAAGAAGAACAAGGAGAAGAAGGAAAAGAAGGAAAAGAGAGAGAAGAAAGAGAAGAAAAGAAAGUCCCGUGAUGUCUCCGUGUGUAUUGAUACAGCAACUACCUCCGAAGAUGCGCUCGUCGAUAAGAAGCGGGAAAAAACAAAAAAGCGAAAACAAAAAGAGAUUGAGCCCAGUGAUACAGAAGCGGGCGACGAUGCUAUAUCACCCGAUGUCCAAACCUCUGCCCCGCAGGAGGAGGAGAAAUCGAGUACUGCAGCGAAACAUGGGAAUAUUGUGAAGGUCAGGGAACAUCGGCCGAUGGGUCGCCAGUUUAUCCGGGGUCGGUAUAUACAGCAAAAGAAGCUGGCAUUGAUGGAUGCAAAGUCUUUAAAUGAGAUAUUUAUGGUGAAAUGA